AGAACACUGUUCACCAAAAAAGAGUUUUCCAGAGGCUAAUUAUUAAAAUAUUACAUUUGGUGCCCCUCAGUCCUCAAUAUGGUUAUGGCCUAGUGUCUAUGUAAUAAACAGCAUCUAUCUACUCUAUUUCAUGUAUAACUAUCCAUGCAUUUCUCCUUUAUUUUUGUUUUCAACUUUCAGGUCAUCAGAUCUCAGCAUCUAUUUUGCAAGUUCAUGCUUCCUUACAUCAGAAAAUUAUCAUCCGUAUUUGAGAAUAGCACAUAUGAGUUUUGCAUUAUUUCACCGCUAUGUCAAACUCUCAUUUUAGGCCCAGUCAUGAACUCUUCAGUAGUUUGUUUUAGUUCUGUCCGGUCUUGUCCAGUCAUUGUGUUCCUCACUGAGCCUGUUUUCACCUCGCUGCAGUUAUCUACAGUCUUUCUGCCUCCAACAGAGAAAAUGCUCUGUCUCAGGUCUCUCUCCAGCAGAGCGAAUGCUGAUUGAAGACAGCAGGACCUGCAGCAUCUCCAGGGGUUUGGUGGUGUGAUCAUGCCAAAGCUUGUACUGAGGUGUGGCUCCUACCCUUGGCCUCAACCCAAGUCUGUGUGGAGGGAAGGUGUGACAGUCCUGCACCUCCCUUCCAGCAACACAGCCAAUACUGAUGACACGUCAGGAAAAAGUGCAACGGGAUGCAGCUUUAUGGUCAGUUUUACAAUACUUGUAUGUAUUUUGUCACAUGCACAAUUACACCUCUUAGAUAUCUUUGUAAGUUAUCCAUAACCCUCUUUGGCUGCAAUAUACAUGUUUGUGAAUGUGUGUAGGUGUGUGAAACAGAGAAGGUAAAUAUGUGAUUGUUGCAAACUGCCAAAGUGUGGCUGAAAUAGUCUCUGAUUUUAACCCGCACUGGAUUCCGCAUCAAGGAGGGUCAUCAGGACGAGACCUCUGUGUCUCAUUCAGUAUUCAGACACUGCAGAGGCACAGGCUGCCACCCGCAUUACAGCACACACAAAGACACACAGUUAGACACUCCCUCUUACUGCAACAUGCUUCAGUAUCAUGCAGACAUGCAAGACAUGCAGUUCCUCUGCUGAAAUGCACAAAAUUAUUGGUAUUACAUACAGUAUACUGACAACUUUGCAUGUUUUGCAUUGCAUAUGGCAAAAACAUCAAUGCCAUGUUUUUUUAUAAUUAUAUCAUGCAUCUCACUCCAACACACGUUAUACCUGUGCAAGACAUGCAGUAACUCUGUUCAGUUGUGCAAACUGAUUACAUGCAAUAUAUUUGUCUGUCUGUCUGUCUGUCUGUCUAUCCAUCUACCUAAUCCAUCCAUACUCCAUCAGUUGUGCAAACUGAUUACAUGCCAUCCAUCCAUCCAUCCAUCCAUCCAUCCAUCCGUUGUGCAAACUAAUUACAUGCUAUCUAUCUAUCUAUCUAUUUAUCUAUCUGUCUAUCUGUCUAUCUAUCUAUCUAUCUAUCUAUCUAUCUAUCUAUCUAUCUAUCUAUCUAUCUAUCUAUCUAUCUAUCUAUCUAUCUGUCUGUCUGUCUAUCUAACUAAUCCAUUCAUCCUCCAUCAGGUGUGCAAACUGAUUACAUUCUAUCUGUCCGUCCGUCCGUCCGUCCGUCCGUCCGUCCAUCCAUCCAUCUAUAUUAAGUAGUUAUUCUAAGAAGAACAAUACUUAAUAUAGAUAGAUGAUCAAAUAUCUUCAUUAUGAGGAAUCCAAGUUAAAAUAAAUAAUCUAGAACAAUUGAGAUGUGACUGUCUUCACAUCUUUUGACCUUUACUUUUCCUCAGUUUUACUAUCUGCAGCAUGACAAUCUAUCUCAUUAUGGCAUUCCAUGUUACACGCUCCACAAAAAAGGAAGAGUGGCCAAAAGAGCACAAGGCAGAACGUUGGACUGAAUGAAUGAGCUCUCUCCUGGGAAUCUGUCUUUUUGCUCAGGGUUGCAGGUUUCCCCCUUUCCACCACCGCCCAUGCGUCAGAUGAUGCUCUAUGCCUGUGCCUAUAAAAGAUGCUCCAGUGGCAACCAGACUGGCACUCGCGUCUGUCUCUUUCCCACAUCCACACACCUCACGCACACAGUCUGUGGUCUUGAAGGGAGCAUUUCAACAUGAGUUACUCUGGCGACAUGUACACGAGCAGCUCGUACAGGAAGAUUUUUGGAGAUGCGCCACUCCGCGUCACCAUGGGCAGCAGCAGCAGCCCGUCCCGUGUGACGGUGGGGUACCGCUCCGGACACCAGCACCACCACAGCUAUGCUUCUCCACCCUCCAUGAUCACAUCCUCAAGCUAUCGCACCAAACUUGGAUCUGGCCGCAGCGGCUUCCAGUCCAUGCCGGACUCCGUGAACCUGACGCAGACCACUGCCAUCACCAACGAGCUGAAGAUCAUCCGCACAAACGAGAAGGAGCAGCUGCAAGGCCUCAACGACCGCUUUGUGACGUUCAUCGAGAAGGUGCACAACCUCGAGCAGCACAACAAAGUUCUUGAAGCUGAAGUGGCACUGCUGCGCCAGCGUCACAACGAGCCGUCUCGACUGCACGACCUCUACGAGCAGGAGAUCCGCGAGCUGCGCGCGCGCGUCGAGGAGUUGACGCACGAGAAGAGCCAGAUGCACCUGGACUGCGUACAGAUGAACGAGGGGCUCGAGCGCAUCAAGGAGAAGCUGGACGAGGAGACGCGUCUGAGGGAGGAGGCCGAGAACAACAUGAAGGGGUACCGCAAGGACGUGGAUGAUGCCACUCUCUCCCGCCUGGAGCUCGAGAAGAAAGUUGAGUCCCUGCUGGAUGAGAUCGCGUUCCUUAGGAAAGUGCAUGAGGAGGAACUACAGGAGCUGCAGGCGUCACUUCAGGCAGCGCAGGUGUCGGUUGAGAUGGAAGUAAGUAAGCCCGACCUCGCUGUGGCCUUAAAGGACAUCCGUGCCCAGUACGAGUCUCUCUCUUCCCAGAACCAGCAACAGGCAGAGGAAUGGUACCACUCCAAGUUUGUCAAUGUGACGGAGGCGGCAGCCCGCAACAAUGAUGCUCUGAAGCAAACCAAGGAUGAGCUGGGCGAGUACCGCCGACAGCUGCAGGCGCGCACACUGGAGAUCGAGGCCCUGAAAGCCCACAAUGAGUCUUUAGAGAGACAGCUGGCAGACAUGGAGGACCGCCAUGGCAACGAGAUUGGCGAGCUGCAGGAUACUAUUCAGCAGAUGGAAUCUGCUUUGCACAGCACUAAAGGUGAAAUGUCUCGCCACCUGCGUGAAUACCAGGACCUGCUGAAUGUCAAGAUGGCACUGGAUAUUGAGAUUGCUGCCUACAGGAAGCUGUUGGAAGGUGAAGAAUUCCGUCUAAGCUCUGUGGGCGGAGCCAUGUUGCAGUCCGCCUACUCUUAUCCGUCAAGCCGCACUUAUGCCCUGAGCACCUACAGGAGGGGUGGAGCUAAACCUGAAGAAGAGGAAGAGCAAGACGAGGAGGAGGAGGAGGAGACGGAAGAGAAGAUAGAAGAGGCAGGAGAGGAAGAGGCAGGAGAGGAAGGAGAGGAUGGAGAGGAAGAUGAAGAGCUGGAAGAACAAGGUGAUAAGGAGGAAGAAGAAGAGGAGGAAGAACAGGAGGACAAGAAAGAGAAGGAAAAGGAGGAUGACAAGAAGGAAAAGGAAGAAAAGAAGAAGGACCAAAAGGAACAGAAGGAGAAAGAUAAGGAGAAUGAGAAGGAGAAGAAGAGUGAUAGCAAGGGCGAUAGCAAUAAGGCAGAUAGCAAGAGUGAGAAGGGGGACAAUAACAAGGGCGAAAAAGCCCCUGCUGUCAAGAGCAAGUAACCAUUUGCUUACCAUCAAUGCUCCCGCCACUGCUGCAAAUCAUUCACACAUCUGUCUGGACCCCUCAGUUACCUCUCUGUCCCUUUGCCACAUUCACACAUACACAAAAACUCACAUAUACAAACACAGCAUCUACUCAUCUUCACUUUCAUUUCACUAGGUGAUCACAGGUGCUAAUUAGUCAUCAGACAGGUGUAAACAACUUUACUGCUUUCCUUUGCCGGAAAUGAAUAGAAUAGAAAUGAAAAUACAAAAAUGGAGGAUUGGUAGUUUUCUGUAUAGUACUCAAGACAUACACCAGGGUCUAUGCAGAGAGAUAAAGAGGAGAAAGUUAGCGUUAAUGAAAAGGAAAGACAACAAAGAGCCUAGUCAUACCUAGGUUGUGUCCGAAACCUAAAGAAAUGCUGCCCUUGCAAUCACUAUGCAUUGUAACAAUUACUUGUGGCACCAUUUGGGGUGCAACACAUUGAUGUUACUGUGAAUUCGACGACAAUAGGUCGAAAGUUCUUCAGCUGAAAUUGUUCUGUGAUAACCGAAAUUCGAAGCACUGCUUCAUUGGCCGAAGCUGGAAGAGUUGUUGAAGGUAUAGGAACGUAGGCAUAUUUGAAUUGAUGCAAAAAUGUCUGAUGUGAGAUGCCGCUUGUCAGCAACUCGACAGAAUAACGUUUUUCAGGGUACCGGAACAUUUGGUAUAAGGUGUCGGUAUCAUUUCCUGUGUGGUCCUGUUGCUGGCAGAACUCUUUGGGGAACCUCAAGGGACCCUUUCGAAAACGAAAAGGGUGACAUUCUGAAGAACCCCAAAUGGUGCCUCCAUUUUUAAACAAUGUACAGAAGAAGACACAUCCAAACAUUUUGAGUAACAUAUUUUCUACUCUACAAAAAUACUUUCAUCUGGCAAUUACCUGAAGGCAUCACAGAUUCCACUAUCCUGUGCGUGCAGUUCAGUGAUUGGUGGAAAAAUAAAAGUGGUUGAACAAAGUUAAUUAGUUCAUAGAUUUCAACAUUGUCAUCAUUUUAUCGAAUUAUGAUUCAAUUUAUAAUACUCUAUUAGUAAUCCCUCGGUUAUAUCCAGGGGCGCAUUAAUGCACAGGCUUACAUGGGCUGAAGCCCAGUGGCCCACAACUUCCAGGGGGUCCCAUUCGCGGCAUCCACCACCCUAUUCUCCCCAAUUGGUGAGCGGUCAGCCCACGGGCCCUAAGAAUUCCUAAUGCGCCCCUGGUUAUGGCUAAAUGUCACGAAUUUGUUCAAGAUCAUCAGACAUGACAAUAUGAUGCCAUGGAAAAUGGUAUGAAAUCAGUUUCCUUAGGCAAGUUUCCUUCAUGCAAAAACAUUAUCUGUUAAGUAUUUGACUGACUGGGCAGCAAGGCAGCUUUCUUAUGUUUCAGACACAGCUCUUGUGUUCAUGUGUCCUUAUUACCAAUAGUGCAGGACAGCAUAAAGGAAUGUCAUGUCUUGCAAGCCAAAUGAAAGGUAUCUUGCACAAAAUGGACCAAGUUUGCUGGUUUCAACCUCUCGGUGCUACAAAAGUGAGUUUGGAUAUCGGAAGAGGUAAUUGUCCACAGAGAAACCGUAUACUGUAUAUAUUAUAUACAGCAGAGCUUCACUCAAGUCCUGAAUGUAUGUCACUAGCCAAGUACAGGGACAGGCCACGUCUCCUAUUUCUCCCAGCAAUAUAAUGGCAUCUAUACCCACAGGAACGUAAUUGUCCAAGCUCAUUUCAUUGAUUCGCUCAUAGGCGAAAGAUGCUUUUCCAUUCUCAGCAUGUAUUAUUUUUAAGCUAAACACUAGUUUCAGUAGUUCAUAUGUCCAUCCAAUCAUUCUUCGGUUCAUCUAUUCGAUGUUCCUGUUUUCCUUAAUUGCACUGGUCACAGCCCAGCAAGUGUGGUGGCAUGGAGUUCAACGAUGGGAAAGAGAUUAAAGAUCAAAUGUACGGAUUUAUUGGUGAGGGUUUCAGAGUAUACAUUUGGGAGAAAGGAGUGCAUUGUGCAUCUGUAGUAUGGAAUAACCCCUUUGCUAUUACACAUUUAGAGAUUCCAAAGCUUUAGAGACGAUUGCUGCUAAUAACCCUCUAUUCCUUCCUAUGUUCGUAAAAAACCUCCUCUUGAUUGAUUCAUUCAUAAUGGAGCAGAUCUAAAAAAAUGUAAGUGAAUCUUUCUCUCCCUCUAUGUCUUUGCUCUCCGACUGUCUGCCCUCGGUGACAUGGCUUUCUUUAAGAAAGAUAGUUUCCUGUGUCUAUCACUGUCCUUUUGUUCUUUGCUUAUAAAUGGGUUCAUCUCAUGAAAACAUGACCAAGUCCAAUUUUUCCCCAAAAAGAAAAUUAAGCCUAUUUUUAAAGGCAAUUAAUAUGUUAUGCAUUGUCACAUUAUUUUCAUCACAACGAAGAACAUUUUACCACCAAAUUCUCAAUGCCAUAAUUAGAGGAUUACGAUACACCACAGUGUGUUUGUUUUUGUUUUAUUUAACAAGCAUCUGAAUCAAAUAUGCGCAACGUCUUAACAGGGGCGGGGCCCGAAGGGUGGCAUGGGUCGGCAGCCACCCCAAAUCGAACCCUGCUUGCAUCCUGGAGUCGGUGCACAGCGGCUUAAUCUUGUCGCGCAUGGUCCAUAACAACGUUACGCCCGUGUCUGGCAGGACACAGCAUUCCGCCUCAGUAGACCAACCCAGUGGGGUCAGUGUGUUUUUUUUAAAGUUAGGACACUUAUUUUAGGUUUUUGGCAAAUUAGGAUGCUUCUCCGAGUGAUUUGCGUGAGAGAAAUUUGAAGUUUACACAGGUUUAUUGAUAGUGCCAUAUUAUAGAUAAUGCUGAAUAUGUAUAAUAAUUUAAUUUAAAAUAUUUAAAAUGCACGUAAUCAGCAGGGUUGGGAGGGUUACAUUUGAAUUCUUGAUUCAGACUGUAGCGAAUCUAGUGAAGGGCUAUUACCGCCACAUUAUUUAAGUUAGAAACUAAGAAGAAAUUAGCAGUUGUCCACCCAAAAAUGAAAGUUCUCUCAUCAUUUACUCACCCUCAUGCCAUCCCAGAUUUGUAUGACUUUUUUCUUCUGCAGAACACAAAUGAAGAUUUUUAGAAUAAUAUCUCAGCUCUGUAGGUUCUCACAAUGCAAAUGAAUGGUGGCCAGAACUCUGAAGGUCCAAAUAUCACAUAAAGGCAUCAUAAAAGUAGCCCAUCCGACAGUAGUUUAAACAUUGUCUUCUGAAGCGAUCCAACCGGUUUUGUGUGAGAACAGACCAAAUUCUCCUUUUCCACUGUACAUCUUGCCUUUGCAUUCAUAAGGCACAAUCACAUUUUCAAGCUCGAUUACACUUCCUAGUGCUUGAUGCAUGCGCAGAGUGCUAGAUGGUGCUAUAGGAAGUGUCAUCGAGCUUGAAAUCACACGAUCGCCAAGGAGACUUCUGAUGUCAAGAUUUAUAGUGAAUCAAUUAUUACAUUUUAAGAUUGUUCUCGCUCAAAACCGAUUGGAUUGCAUCAGAAAACAAUUAUUAAACCACUGGAAUUUUAUGGAUUACUUUUAUGCUGCCUCUAUGUGAUAAAUGGACCUUCAAAGUUCUGGCCACCGUUCACUUGCAUUGAAUGAAUCUUCAGAGCUGAAAUAUUCUUCUAAAUAUCUUUGUUUUUGUUCAGAAGAAAGAAAGUCAUGCACAUCUUGACUGGCAUGAGGGUGAAUAAAUGAUGAGAGAAUUUUCAUUUUUGGGUGAACUAUUCCUUUAAAAAUAAUUUUAUUCUUAAGAAUGUUUCAUGAAUAGCCCCUGAGUAGGAGGAAAAGUGGGGAGAGUAAGAUUUAAAAAAAUAAAUGGGACAAAAUAGUUGUAUGAAUGGUGCCAAUUAUUAAUCUGUUGUGAUCCUAAAACUUGAAAUGAAUUAAUCAAGAGGAGUUUAAAUUUGCAUGGCCUGAUUCACUUGGAGCUUGACAAUAUGAGGGGUGGGAUAUAUUUGCUUGAUGUGUGUAUAAAAAUGUAUGUAAUUGCCUUAAUCAUGAUUCAGGCCUGGCUCCAGCUCUAAGAUGUUAGGUGGGCCAUAGGACCCUCCCUCCGGGUGGGCCGAACAGUUGGAAGGGUGGGUGAGGGUGUUGUUCUCAAGGUGAGACAUGUUCAUGAUUGGAGCCGGGCCUGUCAUGACUGCUUAAAAGAGUCCUCACAUUUUCUGCAUUUCAACACUGUUUUCAGAGAUGGUUAGAGGAGCGCUGACACUAACUGUAUGGCUGCUAAUUGAUUCAGUGAUAUUCCCCUAAAGCCAAAUAAAGCCAUUUAUCA